AUGCUGAAAUCCCAGCCUUCUUCUUCUACUUCUUCUUCUGCCUCUGCCGACAACAGCUCCGGCUCGACGGGCGCAACAGCGAGCGCGAGCGCGAUCGCGCUCCGCCCCUCACACUCGCGCUCCGCCGCCAAGAAGAUCCUGGCUUCCUACGACAGCAAGGAGGUGCGCAAGGGCGUCGAGACGCUGAAGAAGCGCAUCGAGAAACACUUCGGCGACGCGGAUGAUGCCGCGCUGGCGAGGGGGCUGGUCGCCAAGGUGUUCAGGGAGUGUGAGAACAGGUAUGCGGAUGGGUGGGAGAGGAUGCGAGCGGUGCUCGACAGGGUCUAUGCUGCAGAGGCUGGGUCGGGUGGUGCUGGGGGAAUUCUGGACAUCGAGUGGAGGAAGGACGAGGUGGCUGGUCUGUUCAGGCGCUGA